AUCUUGAAUAGCAGACUAAAUGAUAACAGUUUUUUUUACCUGUAAAUUGUCAUGAAGCUAUUCAUCUUUUUGAUCAUUUUUCUUUAUAUAUCUUCUGUACUUGGGCAGGAUAAACCUGAAAUCACUGAAAGAAUCUUACCCGAAAUAAAGCCUAUUGGUACAACUGGAAGAUUGAACUGUACAGUUAUUAACAAGUUAGAUAAUUACGUUGAGUGGGUUCAUAAUGAAAAGUCAUUGACUCAAGAUGAAACAAUUGUUGUUGAUCCUAAAUUCAACCAAAUUGUAAAUGGAUAUCCUAAAUAUCAGGUAUUUCACAGGAAAAUAGGCCAAAAGGAUUCCUUUAUGCUUGUUGUUAAUCAUUUGGAACCUAAAGACAAGGGAAUAUAUCGUUGUCAAAUUUGGGUAAGAAAUGAUCAGGACAGCGGUCGAUUAGUAUCAAAAGAUGGUAAAAUGGUUGUUGUAUUUCCGCCACAAAUUUUACAAAUGGAUACUAGUUCAACUAUGACAGUAAAGGAAAAGGAAAAUGUAUUGUUGAAGUGCGGGGCAUCAGGAAAUCCUAAACCAAAUAUAACCUGGGUUAGAGUAAAUGGUUCGCCUUUACCUGAUGGUCGUCUUAGAGCAAGGAAUAACACUUUAUUAAUUAAUAGUAUAGAUCGAAAUGACAGAGGAGUAUAUAGAUGUCUGGCGGAUAAUAACGUUAGACCUCCAGCUCAAUUUGAUAUCACUCUACUUGUUGCCUUCUCGCCAGUGGCUGUAGCUGUGCAAUCUUCUUACGGUCAAGUUGAAAACAGGAUGUACGAUGUAAUUAUAGAAUGUCGAGUUGCUGGGUUUCCUGAACCUGAACUUAAAUGGCAUAAAGUUACUUCAGCUACAACGUGGAAGCAGUUAAAGAAUGAUGACAAACACACAAUCAAUAUUCUUCUGAAUCAUGCGAAUAGUUUAGGUCAAAAUGAGAGAUGGUUCCAAAUUGUCAUUAGAUCGGUUACGGCCAAUGACUACGGAGACUAUAUUUGCGAAGGGGUAAACAAUCACGGUAGCGGAUCAACAAAAAUACAACUUUUUGCAACAUCCGAAUGUCAAGGACCACUAUGCGAGGAAGAACAAAGACCAGAGGACAGAAAAGGCUCUGCUUCUAUUACAAAACUGAGCCAUUUACCUUUAAUGUUAUCGCUUAUUAUAGGAUAUUAUUUAAUCAAGCUAUGAAUCUAAAAUAUUAACUAACAAAAAAAACGAAUCUGUAUAAUUAAUCUAUAUAUAUAUAUAUAUAUAUAUAUACAUGUAUAUGUAUGCUGCUCA